AUGAGUUUGAAAAGAGGAGCUGGUGAAGGCCAAAGUGUACAGCAACUUGUCAAUAAUUUCGAGAAUCGUUUAAACAGUGUUAAGAAAGAGCUCCCUAAUAUCAGCAAUCCAUCAAAAAGAAUGACAAUUAAGAAACAUUUCAAAGAUAUGAACAACUACCAGCUCCAAAUUGCUCCACUAAUUGCUAAUGCUCCACAGGACCUCCAAGAUAAGUACGAAAGAUUAAGCGGAGAUUACGAAGAUAUUAAAAAUGAUACCGAAAGGCAAAUUGAAAUGCUCGAGAAGCAAGAAGCACAGCAGAAACAGCAAGCUUCUCAGUCUUCAAAUGCCGGCGGAGCACUUUCCCAGUCCCUUAUUCAAGAUGAAUCAGUAGCAAUGGAAAAUUUCAACAGAGACACUCAAAACAUCGUAGAAGAUAUGAAAGCAAUCGAUGAAGCAACAUCAAUUCUCCAGACUAAGAUCGAAGAACAGCAUGAAGUAGUUGUUCGCGUUGAUAAUACGAUUGAUGAUUCACAUGAGCAGAUGGUACAAGGAAAUCAGAGCUUAAAUAAGGCUCAAGAGCAUCAGAAGGCUAGUAACAGAUGCUUGUGGUACAUUUUGGCCGGUGUUAUCGUUUUCAUUAUUGUUAUUGUAAUAAUCGUUUUAGCUACAGUCUUACCUAAGAAGAAUAAGUCAAAAUGA